GCGUCAAGGCGGAAGCUUUUGUUCCUCUACAGUUGACGCACGGAAUUAUAUUAGGGACGGACAAGACAUGAACGCUCGUUUAGCCGCACGGCAGGUCCUGUGCAUGCUGAGGAGGACGCCCUCAUCCGCAUUCAGUCCACUUCAUUCAGGUAGCAAGCUCCAGUGUAGAUUGCUGCGUUCUGCGAGCAGCAACCCGCUGCCCGGCGUAGCCAACAAUGAUCUAGGGUCCCCGCAGAGGCAGACCGCUCCAGAGUUGUCGCUCCCCUGUCUGCUUGACAUGGGCUUCACGCACAGCCAAGCUGAGGACAUCUACGAGUCUGUGUGUAAAGCCAGAGGUGGAAGUGCGGCCAAGCAUUGCCUGUCAACACUCACGCUUCUGUUCAUGUUGGGCCUCAACCCGUCUAGCGUGAUGAAGUUAUUGACUAAAUGUCCUGACCUUUACACGGUCAAGGAAUCGCUUCUCCAGCAGCGGAUAAGCAGCCUGCGCAAACUUGGUUUAGUUGAAGGCAGUCUUCAGCGGCUGGUGGCGCACUACCCCGCCAUCCUGACCGUGCCUGUGAAGACGCUCAAACAGCUGACAAUGUUCCUCAGGGAGAAGUGUCUGUUUACCGUGCAGCAGGUCACUGACAUCCUCAGAGACAGUCCGGCCGUCGUGCACCAAGAGCGGGCUCAGCUGGAGUACAAGUUUCAGUACGUCUACUUCCGAAUGGGUAUCAAACAGGCAGAGAUGGUGAAGCACAGGUUGUUCCGUUCCACACUGGAAGAGGUGCGCUGGCGACACAGUUUCUUGGAGCGCCGCGGCUUGUACCAAACCCCCGACAAGAAAGGGCAGACCCUCGUCGUUAACCCCAAACUGGACAGAGUCCUCAACGUGGAUCUGGACACCUUCCUGGCAAACGCGGCUAACGCGUCGGCCGAGGAGUAUGACGUCUUUCGGAGGCUGCUGGCCAGAGAGUGGCAGGAAGAAGAGCGUCACUACGGCGACGAGAGUGCGGACGACGACGACGACAAUGAGGAAGAUGAGGACGAGAUGGAAGGCAAGGAUAGCUACAGGAAGAGAAAAAGAAAGUAGUGACACUUGAUCGAGACAAUAAUAAUGAAUGAGAGCACUACAAAGAAGGAUUAGGGCCAUACUAAAAAGGGGAAAAAAAAAAAAAAAAAAAAGCUAAAUAUCAAGGAUAAAGUUCAAAUUACUAGAAAAACAUUCUUAUUUUGCGGAGAAAAGUCAUGUUUUAAUGGGUGAAUCUCGAGAGUCUUGCUAUAUCGGGUAAUCAUGAAAUAUUGUAAACAAAGGUUUGAACAAACAAGUGA